AUGGCUGACUCAUCUCCUUUCGUUGAUAGACCAUCAAGGGCUCAGUCAAAGCAUGGUUCACCUUUCAGAAGGAUAAGUUUCAACUCGAAUAAUGGUGGUGGUGCAACCAAUAACGAUCCAACUUAUGAUGAAUUGAAAUCUCAAAUAAACUCAUUAAAUUAUUUAAUAAGUGAUCUAAAAAAUCAAGUUGAACUAGGGAAAAUAGAGUCAGAACAAAAAAUCAAUGAAUUAACCAAAGAAUUGUCCCAACAACAUUUGAAAAAUGACAAUAUUUCAUCUGAUCAAGUGUUUCUAUAUAAUCAAAAUAAAGAACUUCAGUCAAAACUCACACAUGUCAAUGAAAACUUUACAGAGGAAAGAGAGAAAUAUGAAAAUGAAAUUAGAACAUUGAAAACUGACUUGUUCAAUUACAAGAAACAGUAUGAUGAAGUUCAAUCAGAAUCUAAAUACAAAUUAUCACAAGUAGAACAAGAACAACAUAAUAAUCAAGCUCAGAUCCAGAACUUGAACCAGCUGAAUACAGAGCUUUCAAAUGAACUAGAUGCCAAGAACGAUCUGAUAAAUAAGCUAAAGCUGAAGUUCAAUGAGCAAAAUACAACCAUUGAAAAAUUGAACUCUGAUCUCAUGUCAAUCCCAUCAAGAGACGAGAUUGCGUCAGUGGAAACCAUCAAAAAACAAUUGUCAGAACAAAUUUCAUAUAUUCAAGAAUUAGAAAUGAAAAAUCUAACUCAAGCUGAACAAAUCAAAAAAUUAACUCUUAAUAAACAAAACGUUGAAAUUUUGAAAGAAGAGAAAGCAUCAUUAACCAAGAAAUUGGGCAAGAUUGAUGAACUAAAUGACACAAUAAACGACUUAAACUUACAAGUGUUGAAUUUACAACAAGAGAACUCCAAAUGGAAAGUUUAUUUAAAUGAGGACGAUGAUGUUAAAAUUGAAGAAUUUGUUAAAAAUUUCAAGUUGAUCAAAGAUGAAAAUAUCUUACUCAAAGGUAAUUUCAACAAAGUUGAUACUGAAUUGAAGAGUUUCAAAAAUACAUACAAUGAGUUGUUUAUAACACAUGAAACGUUAAAUAAGAAUUCCCAAGCCCUAACCAAAAGUUAUUCAAAUCUGGAAAAACUAAAUAAUGAAAUUGAACAACAAAAGAACUUAGCAUUUGAAGAAUCUAAUUUCCUUAGAGAGCAAUUGAAAAACCUAGAUCAAGAACUUUCGUUGAAUGAAGAUGAUAAAAAUAAAUAUAUUCGGAAUUUAGAAGGCUUGGUUGAUGAAUACAAAAACAAGAUUAAUGAGUUGACUAAGCAAAUACCAAAAGAUUCUAGCUCUAACAAGAGACAGAGAACUGAGGAUGAUGAGAAUGAUGAAGACACAACAAGAAAUUUUCAAAAAUCUGUCUCUAGAUUGGAGGAUGAAAAUUUUCAAUUGAAUAACAAAUUCUCAAAACUAUUGAAUGAAAAUUCAGUAUUAUUAAAGAAAAUUGAAUCAUUCCAAGAUAUCAAAGAAAAGAAAAUAAGAAUAUUGCAAUUGAGAAACAAUCCAUACUCAAAUGAUCAAUUCAUAAAAAAAGAGUUAAUUGAUACCCUUACAAAAGAAAAUAAUGAUCUUCUGAACAAGACACCAUUAGGUGAAACAAUACCCAAAUCUAUCUAUGAUAGGUCCCAACUAGAAAACCAAGCAUUAGAACGCAAAAUCCAUGACCUCAACAAACGUAUUCAAAGAUUACGCGAAAUCUUUAGUGCCAAAUCUUUAGAAUUCAUAGAUGCUGUUUAUUCAUUGAUCGGAUUCAAGUUGGAAUUUUUACCAUCUAAUAAAAUCAAACUGAUUUCAAAAUAUGUCAAGAAUGAUAAAAACUGCUUGUUAAUAGAUCCUGUUAAGCAAACAUUCAAAACAAGUAAGGAUAAUGAUGAAGAUGAUGAGUUUUUCCAAACAUGUGAUACUUUAAUAGAUUUUUGGAUUAAGGAGAAGAAUGAUAUCCCUAGCUUCUUAGCUGCUUUGAAUUUGGAAUUAUUUGAAAAGCAACAGUCGAGGGAACAGCAAGUAUAG